ACGUUUGGCCUUUCCCUCCAGGGUCCCCCACCGCCUCCUGUGGUCCCUCCCCCGGCUCGGGCUCCUGACAUCACGGCCCGGGAGGCGGGCUCGGGAAGGAGGGAGCCGUGGGGAGGAGGCUCCGCGCCGCCGCCAGGGAGGAGGGAGGGAGCGCAGUCCCGGCCCAGAGCUUCAAAACAGCCCGGCGGCCUCGCCUCGCGCCCAGCCCGUGCAUCUGUCUGUCCAGCCGCCCGCGCCGCCGACUGCGCCCGCACGUCCUUCUCUGGGCUUCAGCGUGACACCUUGGCCCACCCUGCCCUGCGAACAUGUUGGUGCUUCUUUUCUUCAUCAUUGCCUUCCACAUCACCUCCGCAGCACUGCUGUUCAUUGCCACCAUCAAUAAUGCCUGGUGGGUAGGAGAAGACUUUUCUGUCGACAUCUGGAAGUUAUGCCUCAACAACAGCAGCAACACAAACUGUACAGAUAUCACUGCCGAAUUCGCAGAGUACUCCACGCUGCAGGCGGUGCAAGCUUCCAUGAUCCUUUCCACGGUCCUCUGCUGCGUCGCCUUCUUCAUCUUCCUCCUGCAGCUGUUCCGCCUCAAGCAGGGGGAGAGGUUCGUCCUGACCGCAGUCGUUCAGCUCAUGGCAUGUCUGUGUGUCAUGAUCGGGGCUUCCAUCUAUACUGACCGCCGCCAAGAUAUUCACAACAACAACUUUAUCUACGAGAAGACCUCAGAAGGCAGCUACGGCUACUCGUUCAUCCUGGCCUGGGUGUCCUUUUCCUUCACCUUGAUCAGCAGCCUCAUGUACACAAUCCUGCGGAAGCGCAAGUAGAGUGGGGGGAGCCUGCUCACUGCAACACCAAAUCCACACCAGAUAACCAUUUUGUAUAUAAUCAUUUUUUGUGGUUUUUCUAGCAAACGUAUUGUUUCCUUUAGAAGUCAAAAGGAAAAAAAAAAAAAAAGUGGAGAGAGUUUUUGCAUUUUUGAGAUCAGAGAAUAGGCUGGUAUUCAGAACUCCUGCCCACCCAAAAGUCUCGGCAAGACAAAGGCAUAAUCCAGAGAGUGCUGGGCAGCACAUUUCUUAAUCUUGGGGCUGGGUGGGGGGUGACAAGAGAAGGUGGGGUCCCUGGGAGGUGUUUCCUGUCAGGUGUGGCCUCACCUCUCCAUUCUUCUCCUCAGCUUCCCUUCCUGAGUCUCUGUCUGAGGCGGAAGGGGUGCUGAGAAGGGACCCAAGUAAAGAACAACAGUGUCCUCAGAUGUUGAGCCCAAGUUUGUGUGACAGCCAGGGGCAGCCAGGCCCUGAUGCCCUGUCUACAAGGGAACCAAGGCUUGCGCCCUCCUGCUGUGGGGUAGGGUCACCACCCAGAUUUUCUGUCAGUGUCUUUUGCUUGCCUUAGGGACGGUGAUCCUCCACAGGGCUGUCAGAUUUAGGCAAAAAGCUUCCACAGUGAUUCCUUAUAGCAUCUUUUAAAAUGCAGGCUCCAGGUCCACUCCCAGACCAUCAGCAUAGAUCUUCAAGGGACCGUCCUGGGAAUCAGCAUUUCUAAUAAGAUCUUUGGAAGAUUCUGGGAUGCACUAGGGUUGGGAACCAUAAGCCCCAAGCCUGGUGAGCAGGCUCUUAGCAGACUUGUGUUGAGCAGGCCCCGCUCCUGGCUAUACCUUGCCUUCUGUCAGCUUGGUUCUCGCUGUCUCUUCCACAGCUGUUUACAUCUGGGCCACCCGGGCUGCACACCCAGGCAUGUGUCCCAGUGGCCUCGCACCUCUCACAGCCUUCCUCCUUCUCUUCCUGCCCUGCACCACAAGGCUGGAUGACUCUGUUAACCCCUAUCUUUGCAGCCCUAAGGGACCAUCCACCAUUCAUUCAUUCAUUCAUUCAUUCACUCAUUCAUUCAUCACCAUAGACUCUGGUAGACUUGCUAUGUGCCAGAUGGCAGGCAUACCCUCCCAAGACUAUCUCUGUCCUCAUGAAGCUGAGUCUUAUGGAGGAAAGAGACCAGUUAGGAAGACGGAUUAUAAACUCAGAUGGAGCUACAACUGGUGAUUCAAAACAGGCCCUGAGGUUGGGAGGAGCCUGCUUUAUGUGCACCUGUUUUUAAAUGCUCCAAGGCAUUGGACUGGCCUAAAUAUAGCUCCAGUCAGCUCAGACAGAUGGCAUUUUUUGGGCAGUGCCUGCAUGUAUUAUACCCAGAGAAUACUUCUAUGGAAGACCCUCAGGGCCCCACAACGAAUCAGGCAAAAGAGGAUCCCCAGAGGCAAGGCUCUGGUAUGGUAGGAUCUUUGCCUAAAGUGCCCACCACACUUUGUCCCCAGGUUGCCUCUCUGUAAUGCUGCAACUCCACAAUGCAAACAAAGCUAAACAUCUUGGAUCCUAACUCCCAAACAGUGUAUGAAUUCCCUUCACAAAA